UCCUGUCUGGGACUCGACGGCCAAUGACACCCUUGAUACGAGCACUCUUCUUAUGACAACCAUGAUUCAAAGGGACAAGCUGGACAUCGGCGCUAAAACGACUAAAAACCUGCACAAAUGGGAAUGAGUCGGCCGCGCUUUCGUCAUAACAUGAUCGGGUUUUGGAACUCGCGUUGCGCUCUGAAGGCGAUGGCAGAAACGGAUUAGAGGCGAUCAAAUCCAGCCACGCUUCCCUCAGAAUCACUUGAGGAUUUUAAACUUCUUUUUUUGUCUUGGGAAGUUCAGCAAUGACCACUUUCGCUCAGCCGGAGACCAGGAAGUUUACGCGGGGACUGGGGAAGCCUGGCACCGCUGCCGAGCUCCGGCAAAGUGUCUCCGAGGUGGUCAGGACGUCCGUGCUGGUGGUGAAGCCUAAGGUGAUCGAGCCGCUGGACUAUGAAAACGUCCUUGUGCAGAGGAAGACCCAGAUCCUCAGCGAUGUCCUCAGGGACAUGCUUAAGUUCCCGGUGGAGGACUUUGAGAUUUUGACUUUGAGACGGCAAGGCCGAAGUCUCUACUCAACAGUGCCUGACAAUGCAGAGAAAGGCGCUCAGAGUCUGUUUGUCCAAGAGUGCAUUAAGACCUACAAGAGCGACUGGCACAUUGUCAACUACAAGUAUGAAGCUUAUUCGGGAGACUUCCGCCAGCUUCCAAACAAAGUUUCCAGGCCUGAAAAACUGGCAGUCCAUGUUUUUGAAGUGGAUGAGGACGUUGACAAAGAUGAGGAUACGGCCUCACUUGGAUCUCAGAAGGAUGGGAUCACCAAACAUGGCUGGCUCUAUAAAGGCAACAUGAACAGCGCCAUCAGUGUUACCAUGAGGUCAUUCAAGAGGAGAUAUUUCCAUCUGACGCAGUUGGGAGACGGCUCUUACAAUUUAAACUUCUACAAAGAUGAGAAGAUCUCCAAAGAGCCCAAAGGAACCAUUUUCUUGGAUUCCUGUAUGGGCGUUGUUCAGAAUAACAAAGUCCGGAAGUUUGCUUUUGAGCUGAAGAUGCAGGAUAAAAGCACCUACCUGCUGGCUGCAGACAGUGAAGGUGAGAUGGAGGACUGGAUCAACACGCUCAACAAGAUCUUGCACAGCAGUUUUGAGAUCGCCAUGCAGGACAAGCGCAAUGGAGAAAGCCAUGACGAUGAUGAUCUUGGAAAGUCUGACAGUUCCUCUGGCAGUAUGGACAGUUUUCAGAGUGCAAGAGAUAUAGAGUCAAGGAUGAGGAACGAGAUGAGAUUGAAGCUGUUCACCCUUGACCCCGACACACAGAAACUCGAUUUGUCAGGAAUAGAACCAGAUGUGAAGCAGUUUGAAGAGAAAUUUGGCAAGCGCAUGCUCAUUAACUGCAACGACCUCUCAUUUAAUCUGCAAAGCUGCGUGGCCGAGAACGAGGAAGGACCCACGACAAAUGUGGAGCCUUUCUACGUGACACUGUCACUGUUUGACAUCCAAAAUGGAAGAAAGAUUUCAUCUGACUUCCACGUGGACCUCAACCAUCCAUCUGUCAGGGGGAUGAUGCCCAAUUAUGAGACUCAGUAUAUAAAUGGGGGAGGUGACAUCAUCCCUGAAGGCCCACGAUUGGUUCACGGAGUGCCAGAAACAGUCAUGUGCUAUCCCCGGCAGGGAGUUUUUUCAAUAACAUGCCCCCACCCUGAUAUCUUCCUGGUGGCUCGCAUCGAGAAGGUGCUGCAGGGAGGAAUCAAUCACUGCGCCGAGCCUUACAUGAAGAGUUCUGACUCCACCAAGGUGGCUCAGAAAGUUCUGAAAAAUGCCAAGUUGGCAUGUCAUCGCUUAGGACAGUACAGAAUGCCUUUUGCUUGGUCAGCCAGGCCACUGUUCAAAGACGCUUCUGGGACGCUUGACAAAAGUGCUCGCUUCUCGCCUUUGUACAGACAAGACAACAACAAGCUGUCCAAUGACGACAUGCUCAAAUUGCUGGCUGACUUCAGAAAGCCAGAGAAAAUGGCCAAGCUGCCUGUAAUCCUUGGAAAUCUUGACGUGACCAUCGACAACGUAGCCCCGGACUUGACCAAUUGCGUUACCUCAUCCUACAUUCCCGUGAAGCAGUUUGAUCUGAGCGAGAAGAGUCCAGUCUUCUUUGAGGUGGAGGAGUUUGUGCCAUACAUCGCCAAAUGCUCCCAACCUUUCACCAUCUACAACAAUCACCUCUACGUCUACCCCAAAUUCUUAAAGUACGACGGCCAGAAGUCUUUUGCAAAGGCUCGGAACUUGGCCGUCUGCAUUGAGUUUAUGGACUCAGAUGAUGAAGACGCUUUACCAAUUAAGUGCAUCUACGGGCGGCCUGGAGGACCUCUGUUUCGUAAAAGUGCCUUUGCUGCGGUAUUGCAUCAUCAGCAGAAUCCCGAGUUCUACGAUGAGUUUAAGAUUGAACUUCCAACCCAGCUUCACGAGAAACAUCAUCUCCUCUUCACUCUCUAUCACGUCAGCUGUGAAAGCAACAGCAAGGCUAGCACGAAAAAGAGAGAGCAGGUUGAGACGCAAGUGGGUUACGCCUGGCUUCCUCUGCUGAAAGACGGCCGUGUGAUCAUGAACGAUUGUCACAUCCCCGUGGCAGCCAACCUGCCCGCUGGAUAUCUCAGCUGCCAGGGAGGUGCCAGCAAGCAUUCAGGCCCCGAAGUCAAAUGGGUUGAUGGAGCCAAGCCUUUAUUUAAGGUGUCGACUCACCUCGUGUCCACCAUUUACACUCAGGAUCAACAUUUGCACAAUUUCUUUCAUCACUGUCAGAGUGUUGCAUCAUCACCCCAAGCACCGGGAUGUGAACUGGUCAAAUACCUGAAGAGUCUGCACGCCAUGGAAAGUCACGUGAUGAUCAAGUUCUUGCCUACCACUCUGAAUCAACUGUUUCGGGUGCUGACCAGCGCCAGCCAAGAAGACGUAGCGGUCAACGUCACCAGAGUCAUGAUCCACAUUGUGGCCCAGUGUCAUGAGGAGGGAUUGGAGCAUUACCUGAGGUCAUAUGUGAAGUUUGUUUUCAAGACUGAGCCAUACACAGUGUCCACCAGCCGAAGCGUCCACGAAGAGCUGGCUAAAGCCAUGACCGCCAUCUUGAAGCCUUCUACCGACUUCCUCACAUGUAACAAGCUGCUCAAGUAUUCCUGGUAUUUCUUUGAAGCCUUAGUCAAGUCCAUGGCUCAGUAUUUGGUUGAGAGCUGUAAAGUGAAGCUGUCUCGGAAUCAGAGAUUCUCAGCAUCCUUUCAUCACACCGUCGAGACUGUGGUCAACAUGAUGAUGCCUCACAUCACUCAAAAAUACAAAGACAAUCUAGAUGCUGCCAGGAAUGCCAACCAUAGCCUGGCUGUCUUCAUCAAGCGCUGUUUCAACCUGAUGGACCGAGGUUUCGUGUUUAAACAAAUCAACAACUACAUCAAUUGCUUUAUGCCUGGAGAUCCCAAGACGCUGUUUGAGUUCAAGUUUGAGUUCCUCCGUGUUGUGUGCAACCACGAGCACUAUGUUCCUUUGAACCUGCCCAUGCCUUUCGGAAAAGGGAGGAUACUGAGAUUUCAAGACCUCCAACUGGAUUACUCGCUGACAGAUGACUUUUGCAAGAACCACUUCCUGGUUGGACUGCUUCUACGAGAGGUCAACGCAGCCCUGCAGGAGUUCAGGGAGAUUCGACAGACAGCCAUUCAAGUCCUAAAGAACCUGAUGAUGAAGCACACGUUUGAUGACCGCUACACUUCCAAAAGUCAGCAGGCGAGGUUGGCGACCCUCUACUUGCCUCUGUUUGGUUUGCUGCAAGAGAAUGUCAACAGGCUGAAUGUGAAGGAAGUGACCCCCUUCACCGUCAACCACUGCAAUAGCAAUGGAAGAGAAGAUUCUCUCCUCACCAACACUUUGAUGACACCGCCCAGAUCCAGCACUUUUUUGGACACCAGCUUGCACAAAGAUGUUUUUGGAGCUAUCUCCGGAACUGCCUCCCCUCACGCAUCCUCGACACCCAAUGUUAACUCUGUGCGCCACGCAGAUUCCCGAGGCUCCCUCAUCAGCACCGACUCUGGAAACAGUCUACCGGAGAGGAACACAGAAAAGGGCAACUCUUUAGACAAGAGUCAGCCGGCCUCGUCAAUGGGCAGCCUGCUCCGAUGCGAUAAACUCGAGCAGGCAGAGAUCAAGAGCUUCCUCAUGUGCUUCCUACAUCUGCUCAAAAGCAUGUCCGAGGACGCUUUGUUUACGUACUGGAACAAAGCGACAUCUGCUGAGCUGAUGGACUUCUUCACGCUGGUCGAAGUGUGUCUCCAUCAAUUCAGAUACAUGGGAAAGAGGUACAUUGCAAGGAACCAGGACGGGGCAGGACACGUAGCGCAUGAGAGGAAGUCUCAGACUCUGCCUGUGUCCCGUAACAGGGCGGGAAUGAUGCAUGCCCGCUUACAACAGCUCAGCAGCCUGGAUAACUCAUAUACUUUUAACCACACUUACAGUCACAUGGAUGCCGACACGUUGAACCAUUCUCUGCUGGAUGCCAAUAUCGCCACUGAAGUGUGCCUCACCGUCCUGGACACCCUCAGUAUCUUUAUCAUGGGUUUCAAGACCCAAUUGUGCGCUGACCACGGCCACAGCCCGUUGAUGAAGAAAGUUUUUGAAGUCCACCUGUGUUUUCUGCGAAUUAAUCAGUCAGAAACUGCCCUCAAACAGGUCUUCACCUCAUUGCGGACUUUCAUCUACAAGUUUCCCAGCACGUUUUUUGAGGGCCGCGCUGACAUGUGCGCCGCAUUCUGCUACGAGAUCUUAAAGUGUUGUAACUCCAAAUUGAGCUCCAUUCGCAGCGAUGCCGCCCAUCUGCUCUACUUUCUCAUGAAGAGCAAUUUUGACUACACGGGGCGCAAGUCUUUUGUCAGGACACAUUUGCAGGUGGUGAUUGCUGUCAGUCAGUUGAUAGCCGACGUCAUCGGGAUUGGAAGUACUCGCUUCCAGCACUCCUUGUCUAUAAUCAACAAUUGUGCCAAUAGUGACAGAACAAUCAAGAACACAGCUUUCCCAUCCGAUGUGAAGGACCUGACCAAGCGAAUCCGAACAGUGUUGAUGGCCACAGCUCAGAUGAAGGAGCACGAGAGAGACCCCGAAAUGCUGGUGGACCUCCAAUACAGCCUGGCCAAGUCUUACACCAGCACACCAGAGCUCAGGAAAACCUGGCUGGACAGCAUGGCGCGGAUUCACGUCAAGAAUGGAGAUUUGUCUGAGGCGGCCAUGUGCUACGUUCAUGUGGCAGCGCUGGUGGCAGAAUACCUGCGGAGAAAAGGUACCCUGCAUUCAGAAGUUCUCCUUUCACACCGAUGUAAACAUUGCACCUUUUCCGCAGGCAUGUUCAAACAAGGCUGCUCGGCGUUCGAAGUCGUGACGCCGAACGUCGACGAAGAAGCGGCCAUGAUGGAGGACGUCGGCAUGCAGGACGUCCACUUUAACGAAGACGUCCUUAUGGAGCUUUUGGAGGAGUGCGCCGACGGCCUGUGGAAAGCCGAACGCUACGAGCUCAUCUCGGACAUCUACAAAUUGAUUAUCCCCAUUUAUGAGAAGCGGAGAGACUUUGAGAAACUGGCCCACCUGUACGACACAUUGCAUCGAGCGUACAGUAAAGUCACAGAGGUGAUGCACACGGGCAAGAGGUUGUUGGGGACCUACUUCCGAGUAGCCUUCUUUGGCCAGGGCUUCUUUGAGGAUGAAGACGGCAAGGAAUAUAUCUAUAAAGAACCCAAAUUCACACCAUUGUCUGAGAUAUCCCAGAGGCUCCUCAAAUUGUAUUCCGACAAGUUUGGUCAAGAGAACGUGAAGAUGAUUCAGGACUCUGGAAAGAUCAACCCCAAAGACUUGGAUUCCAAGUAUGCUUACAUACAAGUGACGCAUGUGACGCCUGAUUUGGAGGACAAAGAACUGGCAGACAGGAAGACGGAUUUUGAAAGAAGCCACAACAUCCGCCGCUUUGUGUUCGAGAUGCCUUUCACCGUGUCGGGCAAAAAGCAAGGCGGGGUGGAGGAGCAGUGCAAACGCAGGACUAUUCUAACCACCACGCACCGUUUUCCCUACGUGAAGAAACGUAUCCCCGUGAUGUACCAGCAACACAAAGACCUCAGCCCCAUCGAGGUGGCCAUCGAUGAGAUGAACAAGAAGGUCGCUGAGCUGAAUCAAUUGUGCUCCGCCAAUGAGGUGGACAUGAUUCGGUUGCAGCUCAAACUGCAGGGAAGCAUCAGCGUCCAGGUGAAUGCCGGUCCGCUAGCGUACGCUCGAGCUUUUCUGGACGACGCCUGUGCCAAGAAGUAUCCCGAUAACAAGGUCAAACAGCUGAAAGAAGUCUUCAGGCAUUUCGUCGAAGCGUGCGGCCACGGCUUGGGCAUCAACGAGCGUCUCAUCAAAGAGGACCAGCAGGAGUAUCACGACGAGAUGAAGGCCAACUACAGAGACCUAGCCAGGGAGCUGUCCAUCAUCAUGCACGAGCAAAUCAGCACAGUGGAAGACGGCAUCAAAAGCCCUCUUCCCGAUUCGCUUCACAUCUUCAACGCCAUCAGCGGCACGCCCACGGGGGCUACCAUCCAGGGCAUCCCCAGCUCUUCUUCGGUGGUGUGAAGAGCCAGAAAGGUGCGGCAACGAGGGACAACACAGAUUGGACAGUCGUUGCCGCUCACUUAACAGGUCUUGACUAGAAACCUUGAGCGGGGGCGGGCUCAAAAUGGCAUGAUGUCAUUUAGUUUCUGUUAGCGGAUGCUAUCAUGCAUGUCCUCACAUGAUAUUGUCGGUUUUCUUUUUGAUAAUCAGUCACACUGUGUUUUUAUGUACAGUACACUUUUAUAAUUCCCCCUUUUGAUGUAUACACGAGCAGUAUAUGCAGCUUCCGUGCAUCAAUCACCCUUGUACAUGUUAUCUUUCUACAAUUUUAACCUCCUGUAUGUUAGCCAAUAUGAAAUUGCCUCACUGUCUUGGGAGGGUUUUAGAUUAUUUAACGCCAUUGCAUCUUAAAGAAAAAAAGAAGGGGAGACUCGAGGUGUUUAUUUGUGUGUGUAUAUAUGGAAAGGAAAAAGGAGCGUGUGCAAUAUUUGCAAAAGAUUUUGCUGUGUGGAUCUCAAACACUGUACAGAGGUUUUUCACCUUCAUGCCAAAACGAGGAGGGGUGGAACCUGACACUGCGCCUACAAGGGGGCGGGGGGGUCGUUUGAAGCUUUUACCAUUUUAGUGUUCAUCCAAUUGAAAUUGUCUUUUUAUAUUUGGGCAGCAGUGAGUUUUUUUUUUUAUUUGUAUUUAACACAAAUCACAGUUCUGCUGUUAGCUGAUGUUCCCUCUCCCCCCCGCUGCUUUUCUUGAAAUAAAUACACUAAUUUCUCUGAAA